ACCACUGGGUUUUAGCCUGUCCAUCUUUCUUUCUCCUUUUUUUUCUCUUAUAUAAUAAAAACAGAAAAUAAAAGAGGUUUUAGUUGUAGUAACAAUAUCAACAACAAUUUAGGGUUUUUGAAGAAGAAGGAGGCGAUGGAUCGGUACACGAAAGUCGAGCAGAAAAAGGAAGAAAUGGCGAUGAAUGAAAACGAAAUGAGAAUCACGUCUCAAGGCCUUGUUCGUAACUACAUCACUUACGCCACCACCCUUCUUCUUCAGGAGAGACGUGGUAAAGAAAUUGUCUUGAAAGCAAUGGGGCAAGCUAUCAGCAAGACAGUAGCCAUUGCCGAAAUCAUUAAGAGAAACAUCCCUCGAUUGCAUCAAGAUACUCAGAUCAGCUCAAUAAGCAUAACUGAUGUAUGGGAACCUAUUGAGGAGGGCCUUCUGCCUGUGGAGAUGACUCGCCAAGUAUCAAUGAUAUCAAUUACCUUGUCAACUAAGGAACUAAACAAGGAUUCACCAGGGUACCAACCUCCGCUCUUUGUAGAACGAUCAAGACCUCAGUACAACAACUAUCAGCGACAGCAACAACCCAGACAGGCACAACAAGGAUACAAUGCUGUAAAUGAAGAGCCAUAUGGUGGAAAUUAUCAUGGAAAUAGGGGUCAUGUUCAAGGUGGGAGAGGCCGUGGCUGGAACAGGGGUGGAUAUGGGAAUCAAGGGGAUGGGUACAGAAACUACCAAGGAGAUGGAUACAGAAACUAUCAAGGGAAUGGGAACAGAAACUACCAAGGGGAUGGGUACAGAAACUACCAAGGUGGUGGGCAGAGAAACUAUCAAGGCGGUGGGCAGAGAAACUACCAUGGAGAUGGGCAGAGAAACUAUCAUGGGGGCAGUGGAUAUGGUAACUAUCAAGGUGGCAGGGGAUAUGGGAACAAUCGAGGUGGCAGGGGGUAUGGUAACUAUCAAGAUGGUGCUGAAUAUGGAAAUUAUCAAGGUGGUAGAGAUUAUGAUAACAAUGGUUAUCCGAAUCGUGGUCAAGGUGGUGUUCGUGGGGGAAAUGCAGGCUAUCGCGGAGACGGGUAUGUGAGAGGAGGCAGCAGUAGGGGUGGUGGAGGUGGCAGAUUCAAUGGAAGAGGUAUGGGAAGGAUGGGUGGCCGGUCUAGGGAUGGAGGUGAUCCACAGAGACAGUAAACUGCAGCUGGUUCAUUUCCUCUAUUGCUAUAUAUAUAUGCGGUUGCUUCCCAUAAUCGUGGGCUUUUGUUUUAACUCUGCGUUAUUUCAAUCUUUCUACAUCUCUUUGAUGUUUAAAUAGUUUUAGCAUUGGAAGUAAAUUCCUUUAGGUUAACAUCUAGCGUAAAUGGUUGUAGGCAACUCGAAAUGAAGUUUCAAAAAAGAAGUUAAACCCUUUAUUAUUAUUAUUAGUUAUUAUUAUCAUCAUCAUCUUUAA